GCAAAGGUAAGACAGACGAUUUCUUGGCUAAGAUGCAUGUCUGAGGUGCAAGCAGUACUGUGCUUCUGUGUGUAUACCCAAGGCAAAGGCGGAAUGGAUGUGAACUCCACUUUGAAGCGACUGAGCUUUUACACGGAUGGGGCGUUCGGUUGGGUUUCUUCGGAGUUGUCUUUUCGGUUCGAGUUUUCCUUAUUCCUGUGUGACAGCUCAUUUUAGAGCAGAAUUUGCAUGGCUUGAGGAACGGUGGUGCCUAGAUUUCCAUUUUGAUCCACCAGCACCCUACCCCACCCUCCCCACCCUCUCUCUCUCUUUUUAAAAACUUACUCGUGAUGAAGUCGGGCUCUUGCUAAGAGGUAGACACCACAGAGUCUGAGGUCUUUGGUUGGUUUGUUUAUAGGGUGGCGGAGCUAUGGCUAUCCCGAGCAUGUUUCAUUUGCGGGUGUUCACUUUAACAUGCCUUUGGAUUUCAGAAUUUGGCUGCCAUGGGCUUCUAAAGGCAGUGGAAGACUGAAACAUUUGGUGGUAUUUCGGAAUGUUGUGCACACACACACACACACACCCCAACCCCCUUUUCUUUGUAGAUUUUCUCUUCCCGCCCCCCCCUUUCCCCGUUCCUUGGGAAAAGCUGCAAUAGCAGUUACAUAUGCAAUUGAAAAUGGAUAAUGUCAGAACAGAGCCACUUUGCCAAUGAAGGAUAGCGGAGUGUGCUAUAAUUCAGGGAUUUUCAAGCAGCUCAGUUAAACGUUUCAACCGCAGAGACACAGACAACUAGCAGGGAGAGUUGACUGCAGAUUCUAUUAAAAGGGGAGGAGGGGGAAGGGGAGGAGGGGGAAGGGGGAGGAAAAGGGGGGAUCUUAAUGAAGAGAUUAAAGAUGUUGCCUUAAUUUGAAGAAUGUUUUCUUGGGGAUGAUGGCUUGGCUCUGGCGUUGCUUGGCUCCUGACUUUGGCGUGCGAAGAGGCAGCCGUGACACCACAGCAGAGCCCACAAAGGGCUUGGAUUUCUCCUCUCUCUCUUUCCUUCUCUCUCUCUCUCUUCCCCCUCUCCCCCCUCCCCUCUUUUGUCUUUCCUCCUUUCUGACAGAAAUGAGUGUGGAUCUUCCGCCCUUUCAUGCAGCUGAUCCGUGGUUUAGGUAGUUUCAUGUUGUUGGGGUUGGCUUUUAACUCGGCAACAAGAAACUGCCUUAAUUACGUCAGUUAGUCUUCAUCAAGGGCAAUCUUCCCUUUUCCUUGUCUUCUUCUUCUUCUUCUUCCUCUCCUUCUCAUUUUCCGUUACUCACAUGCAACGAGAUCAGAGCUGAGAAACAAUAAAAAAAUAAAAUAUAUAGCAAAUAAUAUAUAUAUAUAUAACGCAGGGAAUCCAAAAGAGCAAAAUGUUUCGUGCAGAUUUUUUCCCAUUCCAAAAAUAGAAAGAGGGAGGGGGAGACAAAAGGGGGGCAUGACUGGGUAGAUGGAAGCAGGUUCGCACUAAAGUACCCCCCCCCAAUCUUCCCCAAGAGUCUCCCACUCCAAUUCCCUUAACCACAUACGGCUACUUAUGGACUUAGAUGGAUUUUGCCGGCUGCUAUUGUUUCUGGCUGACGUUGUUGUCAAGGCGGACUAAACGGGGUCCCUCCUUGAGAAUUCCUCAUCGAAUUAUUGAGUUGGCUCAAGUUAAGGCCUGGAGAGUUGUCCGAGUGUCACCCGUGAGUGUUCCGGGUGCCCUCUCUCUCUUUCUAUCUGUGUCUUCCGUGUGCUCUGUUUUUGGUUCUUUCGUAUGCUUCAGAUUUCUGAGAAGGAUCCAAGAGAAGAAUAUCUCCAAAGAAUAUGUGUGGUGACUGAUGCUAAUAUAUAUGUGUGUGUGCGCGCACUCAAUAAACCGGCACGUUGACGGUGAUUGGAAGGCUAAAAUUACAGCCUAGUAACUUCUAUGGCAAUCUCCUGUUGCCAUAUCCUGGCCAGUACUCUGAGUAUUAAAUCAGAUAAGUUAUAGCAUAUUAUGUUCCUUGAAGGUGCAUUGAAGAACAAAGCAGUAAACGGGGAGCCAAGGCUCGCUCUGUCUCCUUAAGAAUCCAAACAGCUCAGGUUUAAAAUUUAAUAGCCAUUUUACAUGCUAAAAUCCAGGGUGGGCUAUCACUUGCAAGAGCUCAAGUCACACUGUAGCUUUCUGAACAUAGACUGGAAUAGAAUCUGCUUUAUUUUUACCCUACUGAGGAGAUCUGUGAAAGCUAAGUAACUGUUGACUUAAAAACAUUGACUCUGCUCAGUUAUGUGAUUAACAAGUUGUUGCGCUGGUGGUUGACGUUUGGGUGGGGUGGUAGUGGUGGAGAUUAAGGAUUAAUUUUUUAAAAGGAGGGUUGGAAGGGAAAAGAAUAGCUAUGAGAAGAUCACAAUUUCGAGAUAAAGGUGUGUGGUGUUGUUGUUGCUGCCAAUGGGGGGCAUAAAUGUUGAUUUGAGAUCAGCAAUGCAAAGGUGGCAGUUCCAUGAGAAAGGUGCUGUUUUGUUUUGUUUUGUUUUGUUUAUCUAUUGCGAAAAUGAAUGUUGAGUUGAGAUUCCUCCAGUUUUAUCCUUCUGUAUGAGGUUCAGGGUUAUCCUCGAAGAAGUAAGGGAGAGGCACCCCCCACCCACCCACGCUCUCAAGCAAUGCGAAGGAGGCAUCCUGAAGAAGGAACACAAAGUCAUCACAUUUUCUGUAAUAUUUCAGAAGGAAUGUAUGAUUCUUUUGUAAUAUGCUGAUUGUACGGUCAUUAUAUAAGUUUCCCCUAAGCUUGAGGAAGAAGGGUUAUGAAGACCAGCAUUGUCUUUCUAGAGAGGCAAGAUGGCAGACCGUAUUUCGAGUAGGAAACAUUUAUUUUCAAAAUCGGGCUUUCCCCCCACCUUGCUGCAUAUUUCAUUGCAAAGUUGUUGCACUGCUGUUGCCCUUUUCUCGUUCCUGCUUUUUAAUUUUGAUGCUUAAAUCUCCUUAGCAAACUUUCUGCAAGAGAGAUGAGAGGAUCCGAUGUUCCUUCGACUUAAGUUCAAUCAGCUUUGUAAUAAGCAAGAGAGAAAUUAACGUGGUGGCCUUGCAAGGGGGCUUGCAUAAGGAAGUAAACAAGCUGGCUUUCGGCUUUUAUUAGAUGAUUGUCUUGGUUUAUUAUGUUAGAUAUCCGCCUUUUUGAAAAGCAUGCAAACGCGCUUGGCUUUGGCUCAAAGUAAACGUGGUAUGGACAGCGGCUAUAUUCGAUAUCCCCCUAAGGUUGAAUGCACACAGACAUUCCUUCUGAGCUUUAAACGUUUUAAUAAAUGCAAAGAUUCAUCCUUUGUGCUUUGUUACUGUAAAUUAGUAUUUCAACAGAUAAAUAUGUCUGAUUACAGAGACCAUAAUUAUGCGCAAUAGUCCUGGGGUAAUUGAUUGGUCUCACUAUUCAUUAUGUACGGGAAAGUUUUCCCUUCUCUCCAUAUUAACAAUUCUCAGAUCAGCUCCUUUUUAUUUUAUAACAGUAUGAAGAAGGGUGGUGAGGGGAAAAAAAAUCUAUCAUGCAGUUAUGAAGUUUAAUUUAACCACCACUACCCCAAUGUACAGAGGGAAGUCUAAAGUAAUAUAUGUUUAAUCGACCCAAGUCAAGAAAUGUAAUAAAAGUUAAAUCCUCCCCUACUGUGUUUUUUCUCCUUUAAACGAUACUAUUAGAUCUGGAUGAAAGCGGAGAAUUUACAGACUUAAGCAUUAUUGCACCGAGUUCCUUUAUCUCUUAUGUGAGAGCAUGUGUAAUUAUGACGAUCUCGUGCUGUUUCCUGUACAUCUCUCCCUUGACAAAAUAUUGUUUUGCUCGCUUGCUAAAACGUACUUGUCCUUUCCGGGGUUUGUUGUUAUGCAUAUAAAAUAUUAGCAUCUUUCCAAUGUGGGCUUCCAGUGCCGCUUCAUUUUUCUUGUGUAUGUUGCUGUUAUUCUGCGUUUCACAGCAGGUGUAACUUCAAAAGGCUUCUGUCUUUGUGUUUAGACCUACAUGCUGCUGUUCCUUGCAAUUUAAUCGUUUAGUUUCUGAGAGUUUUGAAGGUGCUGGGAACGAUGCAAAGAUACACCCACCCACAUCAGUAGAUCAAUACAUCUAUCAACGUAACUAUUUAUCCACACAACACAUUAACUGGCCACAAUCCAGCAACUGCACAUACACCUAUUGAUUUCAAUUAUUUCCAGUGUUCAUAGCCUGUGUUAUAUUUGUGUAUAAUUCGAAUGUUUGCACACAUAUAUGGUGUGUGUGCUUGCAUUUCUUUUAAGUACCGGUAUGUGUGCAUAUGCAUGCUCUCUCUAUAUGUGUAUAGGUAUGUUUGCAUAUACUGUACAGACAAGGGGUAUUGAAUAGGAGGUGUCUACUUUUAACUGGGGGGGAGCCAUUAGUUUGGUAAAGAUAAUUUAGUUCACCAUGUUUGAAUAUUCCUUCAGUCUCUGAUGGAGAUUUGGAACUCUUUCAUUGAUAUCUGUAUGUGCAUAUAAUUUAAUCCUCAACAGCCUUCUAGUGAUAAAUGCAAAUGAAUCUGUCCUAGAUGUUAUGUUUUCUUUUUCCCCACCCCCUGUAUUCUUUCGCAUAAUUACUGCCUCAUUUAAAUAGUUCCUCGAAAGUCCAAAGAACGGUCCAGAUUGUUUCAUGGAGUACAAGGAAGGGUGGUGGGUGGGUGUCCGUCUGUGUGCGAUGUUUUGUUGGCAUGUGACUCUGUGUGUGCGUGGGUUUGUCAAGAGAAAGUUCCUUUUUUUUGCUCAGCCCUAGGGGAGACUGCUGUGCCGAAGGCAGGUAUAAUGAGGCCUAGCGAAGGAGCUUGUGCGUGGAGCUGCAGCUUGGGGUUGGAAUGCGUCCGCCUUCAGUUGAAACUUGCCCUUGUUUGUAAAUGCUGCCUUCGCUGCUUAAAGUGCAUGUAACACCUCCCAGUCCUAGCCGGCUCUGCAGCUCUUCGACAGCUCCUCGACAGCCGCUUUUAAAAGCAGACAACGCAACUUUGCAUCCUGGAAGUAGCCUUAUCUUGUGAUGGAUAUAAUUACAGCCUGUCUCGGUAGAAAGGAAGACAAUGGGGGGGGGAGGUAUAGAAAUAUGUUGAGGUGUUGGUUUUGUGGUUAUUUUCUCCAGGCACUGGGCUUGGUGAGUCUAGGCUGGCUGUCUUUUUGUAUUCGCUUGAUUUUGGAAAUCUCUUGGCCGUGUGUGUGUGUGUGUGUGUGUGUGUGUGUGUUACCCCAAAGAUAUGGCUCAGGGGACCAACCAUUUUAUGUCUCGUUUAAAUGUUGUUGCCCCCUUGUUGGCUCCCGGGAUCCUGCAUUAUUAUCAUUUCUUCUUCUUCUCUCCUGAUUUUUUUUGGGUUUUUUGUUGUUUAAGACACCACAACACAGUGACAUAAAUUGGUCCUGAGGUUUAAUUGCACUUCGGAAUUUAUUGUCUUCUGCCUCCACCUCCAAGCACUAAAGAGUCUGGAAUCCAAAGUCAUAACAUCUGACAAAAUUCUUAGCAACAAGCAAGGGGGUUGGCUGUGGGGGGGGGAGGCCAUUAAACAGGUACAAACUCCUCCAGAGUAAGUUUAAAUUGAAUGUACAGUUUAAGCGGCCUGCUUCUUUCUGUCUUCCUUUACUCUUUACCCUGGGGUUGAAUUUAAAGAUCACGUCCAUAGGAAAUAAAUACAUAAUUCCCAUCAGUUUACGGGGGGAGGGGAGGCUGAGGCAGGACACACACGACCCUGACCCUUAUAUAUUUAAGAAAUCAAAAGGAAAUCUAAUUUUCCACAGUUGGAGACCUAUUAUUAUUAUUAUCAUUAUUAUUACCAUCGAUUGUAGCGUGUGGCAGAAAUUUGUUAACUUAGGAGGACAUCGGAUUUAGGGCUAAAGAGAAUCAGGUAGUCAACAUAUUUAUUGGCAACAUUUUCUCUACAAGGAAGGGCUAAGCGAGAAGGUAGCGGGGAGAUGAAGGGGGAGAGGGUGACUUUAAAGCAGCACAGAAAUUAUCAUCUCAAGGAGCAGGAGGACAAAACUGAGGCCACACCCAGAUCCGAAGUGCCUCUACUUAGAAGUAAGCUUCGUUGAUUUCACUGCCACUUCCUUCCCAACCAGCCUGCGGAGGAUCGCAAGCUCUUCAAAGCUUGGGAAGGGAAGGGAGGGGAGAAAAAAAAGGGGUCUCUCCACAUGGGGAAACUUCAAGGCUUGACUUUAUGCUUAGUUUGCUUUCGCUUAUGAAGGGCUGUCAACACUGCGACGCCUUCAGCCUACAGCUGUGGGGGCCUGCAGGGGAUGCGAAAACGGUGCGCCGGGAGUUCCCAAGAAGAGGAGAAAAGUGGAUUUUUUAAUCCGAACUUGACGGUGUUUAUUGAACCAAGUGGAAACUCGGAGCGAAGGAAUGCGAUUUAAGAGACGCCGCUGGUCUGCGUGUCAAGGGUGGCGUGUUUGGUCUGCUAAUUCCAGGGCCCUCGCUGGAAGUUUGUUGUUCCAAAGCUCUCGUCCUCGGGUUAGCCAGCGACACUGUGGGGAACUAUUUAUAAAAAGCUACGCGGUGGCUCGCCUGCCCCACUUCCUCACAGCUUCCUGGUGCGAAUCCAGCAGCUGCUCACUCAGGAGUCGUGUGUGUGUGUGUGUGUGUGUGUGUGUGUGUGUGUGUGUGUGUGUGUGUGGUGUUGAAGCCUUGGGUGCCUUAGGCCAGGAGUCGGUCCAUGGAAAGGGAAGCGUGGAGUUAUGAAGAAUACGCCAAGGCAGCUAGUGCUUCUGUUGGGGGGAGCCAAGCUGGUGGGAAACUUAACGAUUUAAACAGGGCUAUAUAGGGGUUUUAGGCGUGCAGCCAUCCUUUGAUGGCUGGAUUCUCAUUACGGAGGCCUUAAGAGGGAGAUGGGAGUCGUACUGAGUUCCAGUAAUCCAGUUAUGUGCAGAUAAAAACUGGAGAGGGGGAGAGACUCGUGGAUAGAAGGAGGGGGUGUUAGGUGAUAGUUCUUCAAGUUUCCCUACAUACACUACCAAAAUGGCGGAAGUAGCCUAGAAUAUAAUGAUUUUUUAGUGCCAGGUCUAUACUGAGGAUCAAUAAAACACCAGCCGGGGUCACUCCCCCCCCUCCCUCGUCAUUCACAUCACAAAUGACGACCUGGGAUUUUUAUAUCUACUAAAUAAAUAUAUACGCAUGCUGCAUAUAUAAAUAAAACUUUUAGAAUGUAUUUUCUUCUUCUUCAUCAUCAUCAUCAUUCAGCAAGCCCCUUUCCAUAGUUAGCUUCUUUCAUCAUAAAGGAGACUGAAGAAGCAGACGUGGACCACAUUACUGCAGGACUGAUUGUCUUCCAUCAAAGGGACACGAUUUUGAUAGAGAGACACUCACUCGUCUGUCGCUGAGACUGAGACGCUGGGCAGAACGCGUAGAAACGUAGCCAUUUAAUCUUCUAGGUAAAACUAUACCUUUGAUGCCAAUAUGAUCAACCUCUCCGGCUGGGAUUCCAUCUCCGAAAGGAGAAAUGUUUCAGAACAAUAAUUUCUUCGCCACAAAGGUCAGCCUAAGUUUUCCCGUGUAGACAGAUCCAUGGGGUAGAAGUAUACAAACAGCAGUCUAUUUCAGACGGUCUCUGGUUAUGUCCUGCGGUUACGCAUGCGGUUAAAAACUGAUCUGUUCCUUCAGUAUUAAGGACAUGUCUUCAUUUUAUCUGUAGACAAACUGCUCCCUUCCCUCGACUUCUAGUUCGACUCCCAGGCACUGGACUCCUUGAACGAGGAAGGCAUUGCACUACAAGUCCUAGAGGAUCAUUGGCUAUGAACAACCUGCAACACUGGGGAAAGUUGUUUUUAAAUGCGGGGGUGGUGGUGGUGGUUUGAAGUCCUCCUUAUAAAUAAAGACAUCCUUGGCUGUUAGGCUUCAUUUUGUGUAAACAUUAAAAUGCUCCAUCCAAGAAUAUUUCAGUGACCUUCCUUGUAUUAAGGUUAACUACCGUGUUUACUUUUCCACGCCCUUUUCUUUUAUAAUCCACGAUUCUUGAUGUGUUAAUUACAUGUUAGAUCUUCUGUCGUUUUGCGGGGGGGAGCGCCAUUGCACUUUCUAUUAUUAUUUUUCCUCUGAGCAGAAAGUGUAUAUUUGUGUGUGAGAGAGAGAGAGAGAGGAAGAGAGUACGUCUAAGCAAAUUACCAUUCCUCUGCAAUAUUUAUUUUUGUAAAUAAAAUUAUAUUUUCAGUGCAACCCAAGUGAACAUUUCAUCUUCUCGGAGCAUUUCCCUGCAUAUUCUCCCCUCCCCUCUUCUUAAUUUCUGCAUAGAGGACGCCUCGAGAAAGGAUUAGAAGAUGGCUCGGGUAUUAGCUUUCCUUCGAACGUUCAGAAUAAGGAGAAAUGAAGUCACUGGAGACUUGUGAUUGACAGAUAAAAUGAACUCAGGAAAGGCCAAAGGACAUAUUAUGCUCCUAUAGGAAUAUUUCCCUUCAAGAAAGUGCUAGGCUGAAAACGGUAUGAGCAUAGUGGGCAGGAGGAGAUGGCUGGUUCAGGUUUCACAGCAAGACUGUUUUCAAAUUUGGAUUUGUUGGAUACACACACACACACACAGAGGGAGGGAGAGAGAGAGAGAGGAGUACAUUUCUAUUUAAAGUGUGCUCCUUAUGAAAUAAAAAACACUAUUUUCUCUACAUCAACUAUGGCAGACUGGUGUACAAAUAAUCAAGAACUCUUGAAUUAAGACGCAGUCUGGAAUAUUUAAUCAGCUCCUUCAAGGAACUUCUCCAGAGUCCUUUUUUUUCAACGGGAGAGAUUUCUGCAAGGAUUUGACUGUGUCUCCUUCCUUCUCCCUACUCUUCAGAUUUUCCAAGCAAGGUGCCUAAAAUAAACCCACUCCUGCUCGUGUGUGUGUGUGUGUGUGUGUGUGUGUGUGUGUGUGUGUGUAGGGGGACCUGCACACUCUGUGUCGAGUGUAAUGUCACUGAUGGAUACUGCAUCCCUCAGGGGCACAUGCCCCCUCAUCUCUCCUUCUCUGCCCUCUGCCUUUCUCUCUCUCUGUCUCUCCCUGGAACCUCCAUAACCUUCCCUGCAUACACUUUCUUGUGCCUUCCCCCCACCUUUUGUUGCAAAUUUACCGCACCUCCAAGCCGCCUCUGCUGCUAUUACAUGGGAAAUCUUGAGUCCUCUUCGUCAAUGUAAAAAUAAUAAUCCAUCUCUUCUUGUUGUUAUUAUUGUUGUUGUUGCUGCUGCUGUUAUUGAUGAUGUUGCUAUUCUUGUUGCAGUUUUUUUUUCGGGGUGUGUGUGUAAUCCUUUUGCAGAUUUCUUCUCCCAAAACAAGCGACCAGCGCCAUCCUUCCAGACCUCUAAGGGCACAAGCUCUUUUACCUACUACUCACUCUCCCAAGCAAAGGUUAUUAUUAAAGCACAACGCACAUAUCACACACAUCUUCCAGUGAAGUUCUGCAGACGGUUUGGUAAACAAAAAAGUUCCAAUGACAUUGUUUAAAUAAUAAUAAUAAUAAGCACAGCAAUAAAACCAAGAAAUCAGACCAUACUUGAAAAAAAGAGAAAGAAACACCCUACACCCUGGCUUGGUCUCUGAACAUACAAAAAGUCCCUCACUCCCAGCUAUGCCUUAUAAGUGAAACUUACUCGUACAGUUUUAUUUAAUGAACGACACAUUUAUGAACAAUCAAAUGAUCCUCGUAAAAAUUUUAUUGAAGGACAUAAAAACAUCCACGGCUACUUGCCGAAUAAUGUAGCCUCUCAGAGAGUACAAAGAUGAGAGACACAUUUUUUGUUAUUAUUUUCCACUCAUGCUUUACAAGGUCAUCUUGUCCCUCCCAGAAGAUAGUUAUCUCGUGUGUGUGUGUGUGUGUGUGUGUACACACAUACACACAUAAAUACACACACACACAAACUUACAAAUACAUGCACACUCAUACACACACAUAGAUAUACAUAUACAUAGAAAUAUCUGUCUAUAUUUAGCUAUCUAUUUAUAUCUAGAUAGAUGUAAAGUCAGAGUACACGACCCCAAGAUUUUUUGCUGCUAAAUAAGCUGACGAAUAUGCCUCCUAGUACAAAUGACAAAAGGUCCUGUAAUCAGGCAAAAAAAGGGAAAAAAUAUAUAAUGCCCAUAGCCAUUCAUGGGCUGGCGCUGAAGAGGGGGUGAACCGGCAGUGCAACUCUGCUAGGACCUUGAACCGACCCCCUCCCACUUUAAAGAUAUUCCAUGUAAUGUAUCCAUUAUAGAAUACAAGCUGUAGAAGCAAAGAGACCAGACAGAGACAAAUUGCGUCAAGAAAUAGUUCCUGUGAUACCUUGCUACACCAGAUACCUUGCAGGCUCAUUAAUACCAGGGCUAUGGAAAAGCCAAGUCGCAGAGCGAGCGAGCCGGCGAGCGAGGGAGUCGCCUUUCAGCUAAUGGCACGUAAGAACCAACCGCUGCUAAUAACUGCAUUAUUUCAAGAGUUUUAUGAAAACCCAAGACGCAUAGGCGCUAUUUAAGAAAAAAAUAGUAAGAGGGGAAGGGGAAAGGGGGAAAAAAAAGACCUGCGGAUUGAUCUACACUGUAUUUUUGGGUAAAUACAAUCACGUGAGAGCUGGGAGCCAAUGACAAACUAGGAAAGGCUGAAAAAAUAAUUACCUGCCCUGAUUGUUCUAUGAGAAGAUAAAAAGUACACAUACAGUUCAUACAAUAAUCUUAUGAAUGUAAAAGAGGGGGGAACAAUGUCGGCUUCUGGUCCCAUAAGCAACUAUUAUGUAGAUUCCUUGAUUAGUCAUGAAAGCGAAGAACUGUUGGCAUCAAGGUUCCCAGCUACUGGCUCUCACCCUGCAGCAGCUAGACCUUCAGGACUAGUACCGGAGUGUGCAGAUUUUCCAUCCUGCAGCUUUGCCCCCAAACCGGCCGUUUUUACUACUUCGUGGGCUCCCGUGCAUUCCCAGUCGUCCGUGGUCUACCACCCGUACACCCACCAGCCUCACAUUGGAACUGACACCAGAUAUAUGCGCACUUGGCUGGAGCCUAUCUCCGGCGCUGUCUCUUUCCCAGGUUUUCCAACCAGCAGCCGGCACUACGGGCUUAAGCCCGACGCCUUCCACGGCCGCAGGGACUGCGGACCGGUGGAUGGACGUAGUUAUCCGGAUUAUAUGUACGGAUCCCCGGGAGAUCUCAGGGACAGAACCCCGCAGACUAUUCCCUCCCCGGAAUCUGAGGCCAUCGCUUCCAACAAACACAAAGAAGAAAAGACCGAAUUGGACCCUAACAAUCCCGUGGCAAAUUGGAUUCAUGCGCGUUCUACAAGGAAGAAAAGAUGUCCUUACACGAAGUAUCAAACGCUGGAAUUGGAAAAGGAGUUUUUGUUCAAUAUGUACCUAACACGGGACCGCCGUUAUGAAGUGGCCAGGGUUCUUAAUCUCACGGAGCGCCAGGUCAAAAUCUGGUUUCAGAACAGGCGAAUGAAAAUGAAGAAAAUGAACAAGGAGAAAACCGAUACUAGUAAAGAGCAGCAGCAGUGAAAUUGGCCGAGUCUCUCCAAGUCAAUGGAGAAACCGAGGCGCUGGCUCUUCCUUCCUUGGGGUUCGAAGUGUUUCUGACUUUUUUCCGUGUGCUGAUGAGUGUUUAGAAUUAGUUAAACACAGCAACCAUUCUGGAGCAAAAGACAUAAAAGAGUGCUUUUAUAAGAAAAAAAAUUAAAAAAAUACAACUAAAAAUAAACAUUUCCUUUUCUUUUCAGAAAACAGCAAAGUACUUGAAUUUUUUUAAAAAAAGUAUUUUAUUUCGUAAGUUAAAUUUAUCCAGUGGUUUGUUUGUUUUUAAUUAUUAUUAUUAUUUCAUGACGUCGUGGCUGCAUAUUUUGUACAAAAGGAAAGGAAAGGUGGGGGGAAGAAGAAGAAAGAGGGGAAAAAAGAGGGGGUGAUUGCUCAAACAAUGUUUCUGUCAUCGUGUUCAACGUUUCUGGUGUACUUAUUUGUGUCUUCUAUGAUUGUCACAGAACCGUUCUGUAAUGCUGUUAUGUUUUGCUAUAGUAGAGCAGCUCUCUGUAAAUAUAUACCUAACGUCACAAAAAAAGAGGAGAAAAACCAACCUUUGAUAGUCGAGGUGUCUUUUUUAUUAUUAUUAUUAUCUUUUAAACUCUCUUGGAGAAAUCACACCUUACCCACCCACCCCCCAAACUUGCACAUGGAUUGCAAACCUUGCCUUGAAUUCUUAAAGACAUAACUUCGGAAAAUACGCCCCUGGAAGAGAGGGAGAAAACUGUUGGGAAAAUGCCCUCUUUCAGGAAGUCCGAUAGGAUAGUAAAAUAAUAGAGCUUCCGCUCACAACAUACUCCCCCCCCCAAUCUCUUUCUCUUUCUCUUUCUCUCUCUCUCUCUCUUCCCUCCCGCCCCCGAUUCCAUAUAUCUAUAUCUGUACGUCUAUAUAGUGGUAGUCUCAUAAAAAGAGACAUUUGGGUAAGGGUGAGUGUGUACUGCACAUUUUAGUCUAGGGUAAUUAAUUGUACUAAUUUAUGGCCUCGGGCAAUCAAACUAUAUGUACGAGAUUAAAUACGUGUGAGCAGUAGUUGUUCAUGCAACAUUCUUACCUUUUGUUAUCUAUCGGAGACAAGAGUAUUAGAACUCUUUGGGAUUAUCAAUUAAGUGUCAAAAAUACGUUACUGUGUUGCUUGGGGGCCCAGUCAUCUUAUUACUUUCGGGUGUGAUGUAUCAAGAAAGCAACAGUCAAUGGUUUGUUCGCAUUAGUGCAGAUAGGAAAGGAUGGAAAUUAGGAGAUGAUAAUAGUUUACGCCAAAAGAAGGGUUUUUUAAUUUUAUUUUUAGGGAUUAAGAAGUGCAGUUGAGGACUGGAAGAUUCUCCUUCCAGCCCCUCUGUAAAGAAACAAGUUUCUGGACAAAACGCUUUCCUUCACUUCCACAGGCUAGCAGAAGGCAAAUCUGUGAGUGUUAAAAAAUCAGAUUGUUUGCACUGCGUAAGGACGAGUUAAGUGACACGAGGUGGAUGGAGGGUGGGGGGAGGCAAGGGAUUUUCGUUUUGCUUUUUUUUUUUUUAAGAGUCCAUUUUAUCCUCCCCUACGAAUGGAUGUUUCCGAAGGUCCUUUCCAAAGCUUGCUAAAUGAAAGACCAAGGGAUAACAAAUGAGGAGGCAGGAGAUGUCUCAGCAUAACAACUUGUUAUGAGGUCUCUUUCUUUAAUGAAAUGAGUCCAGCACUGUUUUAAUCUUUCUAAUGAUAAACAGAUCGUGGGGGGGGGGAUGGAGGCCGGGUAGGGAAAUCGCGGCUUGGGGUUUGCCCAGCCGGAUCCAACCUUCUCAAGGAACGAACGAACGAAUAAAUAAAUACAAAAUCUGGAAGCCAUUAUCCCCGCUGAUGUCAUAAAACAUUUCUUUUGCAAAGCUUCUGCCUUUUCGUUUCAUUAGAUACCGGUUUGUGGCUUCAUUUAUUUAUUUAUUUAUUUGCUUACUUAGGAAGGCGAAAGGAGCUUUUACACACACACACACACACACACACACACUGAUGGGCGGAAGAGAAUCGCUAACAAAAUCUGUUUUAGCCUUCAUCCGCUGAUGUUCUUCAAGAUACAGUCGGGGGUGGGGGGGUGGGGGACACAGACAUUCAGGAGCUGCAAGAACAUUGCUAAAAGCCAACCUUCCACACAGUGAUGGUCGUUUAGUAUUUUCCCACUUUUUAAGCUUCCCGAGCAGCAAUCAUGAUAAUAAUAACGAUAACUUCUAUGGCAAUUGUUUUUAGAUUUGUGCGUUUGUGGUGAGGUGGAACAAAAAGGAAACAAUCUCCAUAAUACCCCCCCUCUCUCUUCAUUUCUUUCUCUCUUUCUGUCUACCACCACCUCGGUGACAGACCUGCGGCCCACCGAGAGGCCGUUUUAUUAACUUUGAUCCUUCACCAUGCUUGUAGAACCUUCCAAUUCCACCAGACCUCAUUUUCAAGAUUACUAAAGAUGCAGUCUCUUUCACCUUUCUUCCUCCCUCCCUCCCUCACCCCACCCCUACCCUGACAGACUUCAGCAGGGCUGAACUCCCAUUGGAGCUAAUGGGGACGAAAAGAAUGUAAGUUAUGCUUCCUUUGUCUCCAUAAGACUGUUGUUCUCUCUCCCCCUCCCCGCCUCCUAGUGCUUUCUUCUGGCUUGCUUUGUGUGCGGGUUUUAAUGGAAGAAUACAGUUAUAGUUCAUGUGCAAGUCUUCUGCCAAAAAUCCAGGAUGAUGCUUGGUGUGUGUGUGUGUGUGUGUGUGUGUGUGUUGUGUGACAUUUGUAUGUGUGUAAACACACACACACACACACACACACACACACACACACACACACACACAUUUCAGAGUCAGAUAGAGUCCUCCGGCUCUUUGCAAGUUUACUCAAAAGUCAGCUCCCAUUGAACACAAUGACGCUUGCUCUCAAGUAAAUGUGCAUAGGAUUGUAGCCUUAGCAGUGGAGAAGAUCAAAAUCGUUGAUUUGUGUUUCAAAUGCAGUCCAGGCUUCCAGGCGUGGUUAGCGCAUUAUUUUUAAACAAAGGCAAGAUUCCAGCAAGACCACCUUUUUCCCUGCAGAUACCUUCUCUGUGAAUUCUUCAUAUUUGUGUGUUUAUGCACACUCUAUCUAUCUAUCUAUCUAUCUAUCUAUCUAUCUAUCUAUCUAUCUAUCUAUCUAUCAUCUAUCCAUCUA